AUGGAAGCCAAACAACCAGGUGCUCCCGCCGCUCGCGGUUCCGGCAUUGGAGGAAUGGGCAAUGAAAUCCCAGUACUCCCAAGCUGGUUCAUCUUCAUCAGAUACGCUCAGAUCGUUUUGACCUUAAUCGUCUUCGUCUGCUCUUGUGUCGCCCUCGCCCAAGUCAAGGGAUACAUCGUCGGAUGGGGUGCUGGUUUCGCUCUUUUCACUUCAAUCUACACCGCCAUCUUCCUCGCCGGCGUCCUCCUAGUUCCCAAAUUUGCCCCGCAAUUCUACUUCAAAUGGUUCUGUCUCGGUGGUGAAGCCUUCGCCGUCCUCUGGUGGCUCAUCUCCUUCGCCGGUCUCGCAACCUGGGCCAACCUCCUCUCCGUCUUUGGCGACCUCGACAGCAGGUUCUACAGCGGAUAUAAGACUGCAUAUGGAGCUUGCGCUGCCGGUGCUGCAUUCGGUGCCUUCAACUGGAUCGCAUUCUGUGUCACUCUCGCCUUCUACGCCAUCGGAUGCCACAAGCACCGCACUGGAAAGAUGGGAUGGAACGCCGGUGGUGUCGAGGCUGGUGGUGCUUCUAUGGGACCAAUUGGUGUUCAGAACACUGGUGUUUCGCAGCCAGCUUAUGACCCAACUCCAGAGCCAGUUGGAUAUGGAUACCAGGGACAGCAACAGCAGUACCCAACUGUUCCAACUCCAGCUCCAUCUCAACCAUAUCAACAGUAA